AUGAAAAACAUAGAUUCCAUCAAAGGUUGCAGAAUAGAUGAGAACCACUUCGACUUAGAAAAAUAUAGCACGUUUUACUGCAAACAAGAUGUAAGAAUUUUAAGAGAAGGUUUUGUAAAGUUCCGCAAUGACUUAUUGAAAGAGUUUGAUUUAAACGUUUAUGACUACGUUAGUAUUUGUUCUAUUGCUAACAAAUUGUUUGAGAACAGAGUAUACUUCCCGAAUGGAAAUCUUUAUGACCUCUCAAAUAAACCAAGAGAAUUUAUUUCGAGAUGCAUUCAAGGUGGAAGAUGUAUGUUGUCAGAUAACAUGAAACAAAAGAGCGAAAAGAAACUCAUUGCUGAUUUCGACGCUGUUUCAUUAUAUCCAUCCGCUAUAGCAAGAUUGUAUACUUUAGAAGGAAUUCCAAAAGUAUUGAAGGAUGAGAUGUUAAGCACAGAGUAUCUCAUGAGACAUUUAUUCGAUGACGACCAAAAGGAACCCAUUGGUGAAAAGUUUAUGUCUGGCUUCUUUGUUCUCAUUAAGAUAACAGAGAUUGGAAUACAUAGACACUUUCCUUUAAUAGUUUGUGACCCUGAACUAAAUCCAGAACUUAACGUUCCCAGAAGUUCAAACACUUGCUGUCUCAUGUAUGUUGACCAUAUAACAUUACAAGACCUCAUAAAAUAUCAAGGUGUCAAAUGUGAUGUGUUGCAAGGAUACUAUUACGAUGGAAACAGAGAUAUUAGAAUAAGAGAUGAAGUAAAGAAGUUGUUUGAGUUAAGGUUAAAGUAUAAGAAAGAAGGAAAUCCUUUGCAAGAAAAUAUAAAGCUCAUUCUGAACAGUAUUUAUGGCAAAACUAUUCUAUCUCCUAUUGAGUCAAAAAUAACCAUAGUAAAUGACAAAGAUGCUAUAAGAUAUGCCAUCAGAAACUACAACCAUAUAGUGAAGUUCGAAGGUUUGGAUGGUUCAGAUAAAACUAUUUUCAAGCUAACGAAAAGCAUUUGCAGACACUUUAACUUCU